AUGAAGACAAGACCUCAUUCUACUGAGAAUCGUCCAAAGUCCGCAAACAAGAAAGACGAGCUGAACCCGAUGCAGGUGGAAACUACGAUACGUGCAAGUAAAUUCGAACGUGAAAAGCUAUUACCGGCUCAAAAGGAGACCAUAAAAAGAUGUGAAGAUUUAGAAGUUCAUGAAUUCGACAGUUUCGACCUGCAAGGAUCUGAUCAUAAUUUUAGCGACGACGAUGAAGAAUCCCUCACAACACGAAGUGAAAGAGUAGUUCAAUUGAAAAUGAAUUGGCAAGAAAAGACGGUACAAUUUGAGAAGAUGAAAUCUGAACUAAAAGACCAACAGAGCACAAUAUUACAAGUGUAUGCGUCUCUGCAAGUAACACAGAAGCACUUGGCAAAAUUGGGCCAGGAUGCUUGUCUGCCAACGACUGAAGAUUUGAAGAUUAUGAAUGUGGCAAAUUUGACUCCCGCGCAGCUGUUACAGCUGUGUGAAGAGUCAAAGCGAACUAAGAAUGAAGUUAACCAAUCGGUCAUGAAAGAUUCAUUUUCGAUUGAUAUGAAUAAAUUAAAUAAAAUCCCAAUGAAACUGGUGGAAACUUCUAAACAAAUUUUGGUUCAGCAGCAGGAGUUAACUGAUUGGUUUACAAAUAUUAUAACGCAAGAAAAGGAAUGUGGUACAAGAACCUUAAGGAAGAAAAUGAAUGAGUUUAACGCUAAAAAUGAAAUGCUAAAUAGUAUAUUACAUACAAGUCAAAACGAAUUUCUUACAGAGGUUAAAGACAUAAUGGACUUUUUGAGAAAAUGUGUAAACGAAGCAGUAAAUGGCCAACUCUGCGCUGAAAACCUAACUUAUGAAGUAUCAGAACUGAACUCUAAAAUAAUUGAUCUUAAAAGGAAACUCAACAAUGCUGAACAUCUUAAGUCUAACUGUAAUAAACUUAAAAUUGAUGAACUCGAAAAGGAGCUUAAAGAAGAAAAAAUCAAGUGUAGGUCUUUACGCGAUCGAUUAACUCGUUCAGACGGUCAGAUUAAAAUGGAAGCAGAGAAGGCUGCUAACUUAGAAGCGGCAUUAAGUGAAUCUCGGUGUCAUACACGCAAUUUGGAAAGAACUGUAUUAGAAUUGAAGAUACAGAAUGAGAGACUACAAAAUGAUUUUGAUACUGAACUAAACAAAUUAAACGAAUCUAUCAAGGAGAACUGUGUUCAUUUAGAGGAGAUAGCUGACGCUCGGGAGAAGCUACAAUCUGAGAAAGAAGACUUGGAAAAGCGUCUAGAAGAAUUAUCAACGCAUUAUAACGAAUCUCUUAAUACAUUGAAACAAGAACUUAAUAAUAAAGUGACACAAUUAAUUGAUAUGGAAAAGAUCCAUUCAAUAGAAGUUGAAGAAAAAAGAAAACUUCAGGGAAUAGUUGAGUCUCAGUGUGCAAAACUUGUAGAAAUAGAAUUGCGAAACAAAGACUUGACAAAGAGAUUACAAGAAAGGGAAAAGGAAGUAGAUGCUUGUCGUGAACAGGAAAGCAAACUAGAAUGUGUAGAAGAAGAGCUUAUGAGGCUCAAAACUGAAAUUGAGCAUCAUAAAAAACGAUUUUUAGAUCAACUGUCUAUAAUAAAGGAAAUAGAGGAUAAACUUAAGGACUCACGACUUUUUGAAGAAAAGCUAAAAAGUGAUCUCCGAGCUAGAGAUGAUUAUAUUAACACGUUAGAAAAGAAGAGCGCUAAUGUCGAGGAGAAACUCGAAGCAAGCGAAUCCAAAAUGGAAUCUUAUGAAGAACAAUUAUCUUCUCUCAAAAAUCAUAUAUUACAACUACAAGAAUGCUUUGGGGAUUAUGAAAGCAUAAGUGAUUUACGCGAAAUGCUUAACAAGCAAAAAGAUAAACUGGAAAGCAUUACUCGUGAAAACCACGAACUUGCACAAACAUUGCAAAAAAGGGACGUAGAUGUAGAACUUCUCAUGGAAAAAGAACUUCAGCUGGAAUCUGAUAUAAAACAAAGAGACGAUUUAAUUAAAGUUCUCUCACAAAAAAAGGAGGAGCAAGGAAACAUAAUAAAGCUAUUAACAAAUAAUUUGGAAAAUAGAUCUCGCGUAGAUUCAGACCUAAGCCGACAACUUAUAGAAAAGAAUGAAGAAAUUGAUGUUCUUAUUAACAAUUUGGAAACGAGGAAAGGGCAAAUAUCGCAAUUGGAAAAAAUAAUACUAACCUUGGAAGAGCAAAUGCGAAAAGCUAGCCAACAAAAACGGAAGGAUCAUGAAAGAAUUAGAAUACUAGAGAAACAAAAUGAUGAAAACAAAUCGUAUUUAGAUAAUUAUAUACAUCAAACGAGCAAGAACCCGACGAAAAAUCUUGAUAGUUUAUUUGAAAUUCUUGAAGAUGAACUGGGAAAUUCGUUUGAUCAUCAGUAUGAAGCUAGGAUUGAUUUUCAGAAUAACGGGACUAAACAUCUGCAUAACGAUAUCCAAAUAGCCCAUCAUGGUCCACAGCGAAUAAAUUUAAUAGAACAUGAUAGUGGCCAAGCAAAUACCAUUGUAGAUGAUUAUGAAGAAAUCAAACCUGAGCCCAAAAAAGAAAAUUCACGCCGAAGACACGUUUUGAAUAGAGAACAGUUUAAAACUAAUAUGGACACUUUAGAGUGGGCCGUAAAUUGUGAUCGAAAUGCUUGCGUUGACAUAAAUAACUCUGUUUCACCUCUAAGAGACACUCCUAUAGAAAAAAUUCCGAAAGAGAAAGUGAUAAGACGGAAUUUGCAGCUCCUACCCAGACGCAUUAGAGAGGACAGAACAACAAAAAUGCUGAACCUAACAAGUCAUAGACUUUGA